AUGAAGAGGAACACGGACAGAGCUCCAAAGAAGCAGCUGAGCCAGGAGGAUGGCAGUGGACUGGGCCGGGAUCCAGACAACGGGCUCCUGGUUACACACAUUAACCAGGCGCAGGACUUGCUGAGGCUGCGGGGAGCCGAGGCCCAGCCUCCCGCGGGGGACGACGCGCGAGCCUGGCUGUCAGCGCACCGCGUGCAGCUUGAGAAGCUCAGCUUGGCGGACCCGGCCGGCCAGGCACCGGAGCUGGAGGAGGCCGGCAGCGCCGCGAACACGCCCGCCCCCGCCGCGGCCGCCCGCCGCUUGGAGUCGAAGCUCUCGGAAAUGAUUGGGCUCUAUCAGCAGAGAAUCCAGUGGCUCUCGGAAAACAGCAGAAAGGCGUUCGGCCUCAUCAAGGGGGCCCGCGUCGGCCUCCUCAUUGACGCGUCCGCCCUGGGCGGGGGCCCCCGGGGAGAAGCCUUCCAGCGCGACCUCACGAGCCUCAUUGAUGAGCAGCUGAGCCACAAGGAGAAGCUGUUCGUCCUGACCUUCGGCACCACCACCAGCGCCCUCUGGCCAGACCCUGUGGAUGUCAGCGCCUCCAGCCUCCAGGAGCUCAGACUCUGGGUAAGGAAGCCGCAGCCGGAAGGAGGCAGCAAUCUGCUCCAAGCCCUGAGGAAAGCCUGCGCUCUCAAGGGGCUGACUUCUCUGGUGGCCAUACUGGGAAGCUGCCCAGAUCAGCCUCCUGAAAUCCUGUCUGACUACAUCCAACAGGCCACCCUGGGCAGGGGCCUCCACACCCACCUUGUCACCUACCAAUGUGAGGACCAGGUGCCCCCCGCUGUCCUGAAGAACCUCGCAGAAGCUGUUGGGGGCCACUACCACUGCUACACCCCAGAGUCGGAGAUCUGUGCCAGCCCCGACAUCGAGGAGCUGCUGGCGGAAAUGCAGAAGGCCCAGAGCCUCCUGGGCCACGUCCACGCCCUGCACCAGAGCGCCGCCUGCCCGGAGCUCAGCGGCCUGAUGAAGGAGAUUUCCACAGAGAUUGCCAAAGGGCCACUCAGAGAUCUCCUGCCUAAACCCCCAAAGCACGAAGCUCCCCUCACAAUUGAGUUCCCAAACUUGGACAAGACUUCUGCAGAAUGGCUCAAGGUCAAUGGCCUAAGAGCCAAGCGGCUGAGCCUUUACCAGGUCCUGGCGCCCAACGCGUUCGCUCCCAUUGAGGAAUUUGUGCCUCUUCUCCAGAAAACGGUGUCGUCGACUGUCCAUGAGAAGGCAAUGGUACAGCUUCAGUGGCACGACGGGACGGUGAGGAAUGUCCACGUGGACCUGCCCUUCCUCUAUGCGUACCAGAAACAGCUCAGCAGAGCCAUGCGGACGUAUGAGAGGCGGAUUGAGUGGCUCUCGCUGGCCAGCAGGAGGAUCUGGGGCACCGUCUGCGAAAAAAGGCUGGUGGUGCUGCUCGACCUCUCCGCGGCCAGUUCCACGUACAUUAUUCAUAUCCAGCACGCCCUGCGGCUCCUGCUGGAGGAGCAGCUGUCCAACAAGGAUGCCUUCAACGUCAUCGCGUUUGGGAGCACCGUCGAAAGCUGGAGGCCCGAGAUGGUGUCCAUGAGCCGCGACAACUUACAAAGCGCCUGGCAGUGGGCCCUGACCCUGCAGUGUCGCGGCAGCAGGAAUGUCCUCAGCGCCCUGCGCAAGGCGGUGGAAGUGGACUUCAAGGACAAAGACAGACAACAGUCGCAGGGCAUCUACCUCUUCACAGGGGGCAUCCCCGACCAGGACAUGCCCACGCUCAGCGCCUACAUGGCUGAGGCCUGCGGGGGCUGCGACCUCCAGCUGAACGUGUGUCUUUUCUACGUGGGGGAGCCGCCGAUGGACACCACCCCACCUGCCUGCUACGCCAGCCGCACCGACACGGCCGCUGCCUACCGUGAGGUCACCCGGGCUGCUGGUGGCCGUUUCCACUGGUUUGGAGACACAGGCAUUUAUGAAAGUGACGACAUCAACGCCAUCGUGUCUGAGAUGGAAAAGGCUCUCAACUACUCGCAAAAGUGUGCCCUCCUGGUGUCCUCCCUGAAGAACCAGUCCAGAAAAGACCUGGAGAGGGCAGCCCUCCUGAAAGAAAAGCCGAAGACGCUCAAGCACAGAAGCCAGCCUAAGAGGCUCUAUCCUUCCGCGCCCACAGCUGCCUCGGCGGCCAGAACGAGCAUUAGAGACGGCCCUGCCAGGGAGAGCACUCCCCCCGCGAGAGCUGUGACGUGGCGUCCGCUCGGUGGCAAGGCGGGCAUCCCACCAGCUGCAGCCGGGUCAGCCAAGGAGGAGCCUGGAGCCGGGAGGAGGAAGACCCAUACCGGGGAAGCGGAGGUAACCUCACUGUUCCUCGCAGACUCGGGGUACAGAAAGCACCCUCAGGGAAGAGGCGCAAGGAGGACUGGCUCGUCUCUGGAGUUGCCCAGAAAGGACGCAAUCUGCUCAAGCCACGAGUGGGUAGCAAAUUAUGGGCUAAAAGCACUGAAGAUGGAGCUCUCCAGCCGCCUCGGUCCCACUGGCACUCGUCGGAGGCUGGUAAGAAGGCCGGCAGCAGCCGCAGCCGACAGCGCCUUCCCCAGCGGAGAGGCCGAGGGGGUGCUGGGACACAUUCAGUGGACACCCCGGGAAGUGGGAGCGUACAUCAUGUGCCUGAAGAAAGUGGUGGGACGCUGCGUCCAGAGGCUGCAGUGGCUGCUGUCUGGGAGCCGCCGACUGUUCGGCACCAUUUUGGAGAAGAGAGUGUGCAUCCUGCUGGACACCUCGGGGUCCAUGGGCCCCGACCUGCCGCAGGUGAAGACAGAGCUGAUUCUGCUGAUCUGGGAGCAGCUGAGAAAGCACUGCGACAGCUUUAAUCUCAUCGGCUUUGCAGAGGACCUGCAGCUGUGGCGGGGCUCCCUGGUGGAGACCACGGACGCGGCAUGUCACGAGGCCACGCAGUGGGUGACACACCUGCGCGCUCAGGGCAGCACCUCAGUCUUGCAGGCGCUGCUGAAGGCGUUCAGCCUUCGCGAUGUGGAAGGGCUGUACCUCCUGACCGACGGGAAGCCGGACACAAGCUGCAGCCUCAUUCUACGUGAGGUCCGGAGGCUCACAGCGGCGCACCACGUGAAAGUGCACACCAUUUCCCUGAGCGGCGCAGGCAGGGCGGAGGGUAACUUCCUGAGGAACCUGGCCUCCCUCACUGGGGGGCGCUAUCACUGCCUUGUUGGUGAGGACCUGGUCUCCCACAUUCACCGCCUGCUCAAGAGCUUCCUGCAUGACCGGGACUCCGUGCUGCCACUGUUUGAAGGCGACGAUUUGAGGAGCCUGGCCCAGGAGGCCACGGCGGCUAGGAGCCUCCUCUGGCAAGCCCAGUCACUCAGGUCCCAGCUCCAGAAGAAAAACUAUGCGGAACCUAAGGCCACUCUUUGUAGAAAAGCCUUCUCGGGUAAGGGGGACGGACUCCACGCCGUCUGAGUGCCUACCAAGGGCCAGGAAGCUGCUUGUUCCAUGGACAGCGGAAUUACGGGAAAGAAUAAAUAACAAGUCCUCUAAACAGAAAGGCCAUC